AUGAUCCCAUCACCCUCAGGAAGUCCUGGCCGAGGAGACCGACCUGUCUCAGACAUCUUAGACUCGCCCAUAACCAGAUCACCGCCGCCACCACCGCCGCCUCGGAAAGAGUUCAAAGCCUACGGUCAAGACUACCAGUACGCCGAAACUUGGUCCAAUCCGCUUCCAGAGUUUAUCGUUCACAACCCUGGUACCAAGAACGACGACCCCGGUGCGCUAGAAGCAGGAACGGCCGGAGUUACGGGGGGAAUUGGAGCAACGACCACAGCGGGGCCAAGACCUGAGAGUCUCGACGGCACUCAAGAUACCAGUGCCAGCAUGGAUUACCAGGGGAAUAUUUCGCAUCAUCGUCCCGACACUGUCGGAUCUAAGGGAUCCGUCAUGAGGGAAGCGGUCUGGGUACCGCCCUACGAGAAACCCUGGUACAGAAAGCUCACCCAUCUUCAAUGGCUCAUCGCCACCGUUACUGUUCUCGGCAUCCUUGCAGUUGUUCUUGCGAUUCUGGGAGCGAUGGGUAUUCUAACCGGGACAGCUGGUACUCAGUCGACCUCCGGCGCUGCCGACAGCACGAGUAGUGGAGCCUCAACAUCAUCUUCAACGACGUCAUCAUCAUCACCAGCUCGACCAAGCCCAACAUCACAGAAUCUCGACAACUUUUGCAAAGACUCGGAUUCGUUUCUCAAAGACGUCGGCAUCUACAGCAUCCAAGUCGAUGGUACGACGAACUGGGAGCAAGGAUUUGAUUCGGCCACCACGGCGGAACUCUGCUGCAAUGCUUGCUUCAAAGCUUCGAAUUGUGCCGGCUGGCUACAUACCGGCAUCGACUUCACACCCUGCACGCUUUUUUCUCUCAAGGAGGGCAUUUUCGACGAGGCAAAGGAUAAGGACAAGUGCCCGAGGGGUCAGGCGAACGAGAUCACUUUUAAGGAGGAUAACGCGAAGAAGGGUGCCUCUGCGGCAAGGGGACCUUGUAGCAACGGUUUCAAGUUCGGCUAGAGGGUUUUCCCAUUCAUAUUAUUUUUCUGUUGAGUAGUAUGUCUUGUAAUUUUGGCCGAGAGGGGUGGUGGUUAGUUGGAUGGCUAUUUGUUACUCUUUUGUUCACUCUCGCUCAAGGGAAAGGGAAGGAGGGAGGAGAUAUUCCCCACGAAAGCCAGAUCAAUGAUAGAUAUGUAUGACAUGGUAACUGGAAACAAUGAGAGCCAUUUUGGGGAGGGGAUUAUAGAGAUUUAAGUCUGGGAAAGAUGUUUUGAUGAU